AUGUUGUCCAACCUGCGCGAUGGUGCUGCCGCUUAUCGGUGAACACAACAAAGUUGUAGUGUUCUGGGGUAAUUUCUCGAAAGUUCUGGAAGAUUUUGCAGAAAAACAUUAAAAUCCGAUCACAAGGAAGCUGCACAAUUCAGUAAUUGUUACAAAGGUGAAAGUGAUACAACUGAUUAAAGGUGGAAAUUUUGUCUUUGUGCAAAAUUUACGCAGGAUAACCAAGAAAUACGUGAAAAAAAUAAACAGAGAAAAACAGAAUGGGAAAGGACUUUUACAGAAUUUUGGGCAUCUCUAAGGGUGCCAGUGAUGAUGAGAUCAAGAAGGCGUACCGGAAGUUGGCACUAAAAUAUCAUCCGGACAAGAAUAAAUCUCCAGCAGCGGAAGAGCGCUUCAAGGAAAUUGCUGAGGCGUAUGAAGUGUUGUCAGACAAAAAGAAACGCGACAUUUACGAUCAGUAUGGAGAGGAGGGCUUGAAGGGCGGAAUUCCAGGGGCAACUGGUCAAGAGGGAGCCUACACAUAUGAAUUCCAUGGCGAUCCACGAGCAACAUUUGCCCAGUUCUUUGGUUCUAGUGAUCCAUUUGGGGCGUUCUUUGGUACAGAUCCUCAGCGAAUGUUCGAGACUCACAAUAUCUUUGGAGGUUUGGAUGAUGACGAUGUGUUUGCUGGACAGUUUGGCGGAAGGGGACCAGGGGGUGCAUUCAGGUCGCAAUCAUUCAAUGUACAGGGUGGAGGAUCACCGAAGAGGCGGAAUCAGCAAGAUCCUCCCAUUGAGCACAAUCUGUACGUAGGUCUGGAAGAUGUAGAUCAGGGAUGCACGAAGAAGAUGAAGAUUAAGAGGAUGGCUAUUGGAGCAGAUGGGCAGCCGUUUAAGGAGGAGAAAAUGCUGACGAUUACAGUGAAGCCAGGUUGGAAGGCUGGCACUAAAAUCACCUUCCAACGCGAAGGGGAUCAGAUCCCAGGAAAAAUUCCGGCUGACAUUGUCUUCAUUAUCCAUGAUAAGCCACAUCAGCACUUCAAACGCGAAGGCAGUGAUAUACGUUACAGUGCUAAAAUCACCCUAAAGCAAGCCCUCUGCGGAACAAUUGUGAUGGUACCAACGCUCUCAGGAGAUACCUUUACUGUCAACACAGCAGGCGAGGUCAUCAAACCGAACACGGUGAAGAGGUAUCAGGGCAAGGGUUUGCCCUUCCCAAAAGAACCUUCUAAGAGAGGUGAUCUCCUGGUUUCCUUCGAUAUCAAGUUCCCUGAAACGAUAACUCAGGCUACCAAGGAUAUCCUCAUGGAUCUACUGCCAAAUUAAGUGGAAACAGGAAGAGGGCAGCGGAUCUAAUGUACAUAAAAAAAACUUGCUUAUAUUUCUCACUUGAAUGUAACCCCCAAAAAUAAAUGUUAUGAAAUUGAUAUUAAAUGUAAAUAAAUUUAAGUACGUUUUAGUACAAAGAA